UUCUUAGACUCGAACCGAUGUGGAAGUUCGUUUUGUGUUAGUAAAAAAACAUUUAAAGUUUUACGAAAUAAUGGAUACAGUUGUAAAGAAAUUUCAUUCAAUUUCGGAUGCGUUAGGUAUAAAAUGGGCACCAUUCAACGUACCUUUAUCGCGACGUCUCCAGACCUUGGCGUUGGCAGGGUGGAUGUGUAUUGUGUUGUUAGGAGAGGUGACCUCUGUUUUCCUCUUCAUACGACUGUUAUAUUCUUCAUAUUGGUGGCUAGCGCUCUUAUAUGGAUUUUGGAUGAUAAACGAUCUCGAUGUUUGCAAUAAAGGUGGAAGGAAAAUAGAAUGGGUGAGAAACUGGUCAUGGUGGCGCUACUACCGAGAUUACUUCCCCGUAAAAUUAGUUAAAACCACUGAAUUUGACCCCAAUAAGAACUACCUUUUCACCUGCUUUCCCCAUGGAAUAGUAUGUUCUGGAGCGUGCGGCGCAUUUGCAACAAAUGCAUUAAAUUUCUCCAAAGUAUUUCCAGGAAUGACUUCCCAUAUGAUAACACUUGGAAGCCAUUUUAGAGUACCAUUCUUUAGGGAAUUAAUUCUUUCUAUGGGUGGUUGUGCUUCUUCUCAAGAGAGCUUAUUAUACUUACUAGAUAGGAAAAAGCACAAAGGAAAGUGUGUUGUGCUAUCUGUUGGUGGGGCAGCUGAAGCGCUAGACUCACACCCCGGUGAAUACAAAGUUAUUUUAAGCAGAAGAAAAGGAUUUAUUCGCAUUGCAAUUCAAUCUGGAGCUCCACUAGUGCCAGUCUUUUCUUUUGGCGAAACAGACGUAUUCCGUCCUAUAAGCAACCCUCCGGAUAGUUUUCUGCGGAAAGUCCAGGAAAAAGUUCGACAGAUCACAGGAAUAUCACCAAUUUUUCCUAUUGGACGAGGACUUUUUCAAUACUCCUUUGGGGUAUUGCCUUUAAGAGCUCCAAUUACUGUUGUCGUUGGUGCACCAUUAGAGGUAGAGAGAAACAUGGAGCCAACUGAUGAGGAAGUAGACGCCGUACACGCGGAGUUUAUUAAGCGACUUGUCCACCUAUUUGAGUCGGAGAAAUCGAAGUAUUUGAAGAACUACAACGACACACAUUUAAUCAUUACAUAAAUAUUAAUAACUAUUAAGUAUAACAAUUGUAAAACGGUUUUGGGUAAAUGCAUGAUUGUGAAAAGUAUUACUCUUUUUUUAUACAACUAUGUCAGCAAACAAAAGUACGCCUCACUUGACGGUAAACGAUUACCGAAGCCCAUAGACGACUGCAACAUCAGAAGCAUCUUUCAACAUUUCCAAUUUUUUAUUACUGAUUUUUUACCUACACUAUGAAAAAGAAUUAUCUAUACUACUGUAAUGGGUACGUGUAUUUUUAUCUCGUUCUUAAUUUUUAAGCAUUGCUCAAUUGAAACUAUUGCUCAAAUACAACUAGUUUUGUAAAAACGUAUAGGUAUAGCAAGAUUAAUACUUAUUUUAAAUAAAUGUGUAUUGUAUACUAAACAAAAUAUUUUGUAAUAGAAAAACAUUACUAACGAAUCAGACUAUUAAAGUAGGAAUACUAAUAUAUACAUUUUGUUUUAAUUUAAGUUUUACUGUAGUAGGUACAUUUAGCUACUAAGGCUAAAGAAUCAUUUGUAAUUAUACCUAUUAUAGGUGAUUAGAUUAAUCGGCGUGUGAUGCAAUUAUAUUGUUAAUCUUUGUUUUAUAAUUAUUAUUGUCAUGUAAAUAUUACUUGUAUACUUUAA